UGUCCCUGCGCGAGAGUCUCCUCACCACCACUCUGCUGCAUCCACCGUUAAAGGACAAACCAGGCGGUCAAACAACAGCGAAUAUUCAACGAAAUACCGCAGAAAUAUGCUUUAUAAACAGUAACCCGUUCAACGAAAGUAACCGCAGUAUUUUAACCGUUAGAAGCAGCAGCUUUCCACCAGUGGACCUUCCAGCCCAGUGACUGUCCACCAUGUUGUCCAGGUUGAGGACAACGUGGUCCCUGAGGCCGUGUGUCUCUGUGUGCAGAUGGGCACACACCAAAGAGAAGGGAAAGCCCCUCAUGCUCAACCCUCGAACCAACAAAGGCAUGGCCUUCACUCUAGAGGAGAGACAGAUUUUGGGGAUACAUGGUUUGUUGCCUCCCAAAGUGGAGACUCAGGACAUUCAGGCCAUGCGCUUUCGGAAUAAUCUCAAGAAGAUGACUGAUCCCCUACAGAAGUACAUCUACUUAAUGGGCAUCCAGGAAAGAAAUGAAAGGCUUUUCUACAGGUUGUUGAUGGACGACAUUGAGGAAUUGAUGCCAAUUGUCUACACUCCCACCGUAGGCCUGGCUUGCACACAUUAUGGACACAUCUUUAGAAGACCCAAGGGCUUGUUCAUCUCCAUUCGGGACAAAGGACAUAUCCGAUCCAUCCUGGACAACUGGCCAGAGACCAAUGUUGCAGCAGUAGUAGUAACUGAUGGAGAGCGUAUUUUAGGCUUAGGGGACCUGGGUGUUUAUGGAAUGGGCAUCCCUGUUGGAAAACUUUGCCUGUACACUGCCUGUGCCGGCAUCAGACCUGAGAGAUGUUUGCCUGUGGCGAUAGAUGUUGGCACAAACAAUGAGACUCUCCUCAGGGAUCCUAUGUACAUGGGCCUGUACCAGAAACGAGAUUGCUCUCAAGCCUACGAUGAUCUGAUUGAUGAGUUCAUGGAAGCUGUGGUGGACAAAUAUGGACAGGACACACUGAUCCAGUUUGAGGACUUUGGGAACCACAAUGCCUUCCGCUUCCUCAGAAAGUACAGGGAGAAGUACUGCACCUUCAACGAUGAUAUCCAAGGCACUGCGUCUGUCGCCCUUGCUGGUCUGUUGGCAGCUCAGAGAGCCAUUGGCAAACCCAUCACUGAACACCGGGUGCUUUUCCUAGGAGCUGGAGAAGCUGCCCUCGGUAUUGCCAAUCUGAUUGUCAUGGCGAUGAUGGAGAGUGGGAUGACCCAAACUGAGGCCAGGAAUAAGAUCUGGAUGUAUGAUAAACAUGGCUUAUUAGUAAAGGACAGACCGCAGGAAACAGAUGUUAACCAGGAGGCAUUUGUCCAUGACAGUCCAGGGACUGUAGAGAGUUUUCUAGAUGCUGUCAACACCAUCAAACCCACAGCUAUCAUUGGUGUGUCAGGAGCUGGACGUCUGUUCACCCAUGAUGUCAUCAAGGCCAUGGGAACCCUGAACGAACGACCAAUCAUCUUUGCCCUGAGUAACCCAACCACUAAAGCAGAGUGUACCGCCGAGGACGCCUACACGCUCACCAAUGGUAGAUGUCUGUUUGCCAGUGGCAGCCCGUUCGGUCCAGUGACUCUGAGUGAUGGCCGCGUCAUCACUCCUGGACAAGGGAACAACGCUUACAUCUUUCCAGGUGUGGCCUUGGCUGUGAUCCUGAGUGGAGUAAGACACAUCAGUGACACAGUGUUCUUAGAGGCUGCGAAGACGCUUGCAGAGCAGCUAACAGAUAAAGAGUUGGAAGACGGCAGACUCUAUCCUCCUCUCUCCAACAUCAGAGAGGUCUCUGUCCAGAUGGCUGUCAAGGUGGUGGAGUUUGUCUAUGCUAAAGGCAUGGCGUUCCGCUACCCUGAGCCUGUGGACAAGGACAGCUUUGUACGUGCUACUGUGUGGGACACCAGCUACGACUCCUUCAUGCCAGACACCUACGACUGGCCGGGUGUCAGCUUCAGCCCCAAGACUAACUAGAAGUAGACCAGACCCUCACUGUGCCCUUUGUUUUCCACUUAACUCACAGAUCACAGAUCUUUUGAGAUGAUCAUGAGUACCUUAGUACUUAUGAAAAAGGCAGUAGAAGAUCCUUACUGCUGCAGUGUUACUGUACUAAACCAGUCAUAUUAGAUUUGUGAAAAACUAGAGCAGAAAUGGCUGUUUUCACUUCACAUCCCAGUUCUUUGUCGCCUCUGCGUCACAAGUAAACCAACACAGCAACUAUAGGGCCACCUGGUGGGAGGAAAAGGCAGUGUGGAAAUCUGGUUUCAUUGUUGAAACCUUGACGUACAUUUUAAUCAUCUGUUUUAAAAAGAAAACUAACUAAUAUUCAAUACAGUACUCUGAUAUAAUUAUACAGUCAGUUACCACAAGAGCUUGUAUGUGAUUGUCAUGUACGCUCUCAAGCAUAAACCAAAACACCAAAUUUGCAUCAGACAAUUUGAACACUAGAUAAAUUUGAUUAUAUUUAUAGUGAACAAAACACUGUACACCGUGCCUCUGCUUAAGUUUUAAGAUACUGUACUAGAAAUGACUCCAUGAUUUAAUCCGGUAAUAAGUUAUCCUUUUUGUAAGAAAAUGCGGAAUAUUAUUAUAUUUUUUCACCUAUUUUAAAAGGUAUCACUCCAUAUUUAAUGUAACAUAUGUUUGUUGUAUACACUCCUGAUGCAGAGGAUAGUCUUUGUUUAGCACUUACCACGAUUAUGUCGAAGUGAUUGCGAACUUAAUGCAUGGUUAUUAACUUGAAGUAUGGACAUUGCCUUUUUCACAUUAGGUGGGCCUCUGGUGGCUUCUUUCAUCAAACCAAUGCCCGAUGUAAGACAAAUAGGUAAAGCGUCCCUUUUAACCUGUGCUUAUAUCAGGCUACAUUGGUUACAGAUCUAGUGGAGCAGAGGGUUAAAGUACUCAGCCUUUGUGUACAAACUUGAAGAGAAAGACAGGAAACAAUGUUACUUCAGGGGAGAAAUGGAGGGAAAAUAUAAAGAGAGACCUCAGAAAAAUGAAGAGAUUUUAUGAAGGGAAAUUGAAUGGAAAUUAUAUUUAAAAACAUGAGAAAUGAACGUCCACUCCAACAUUUUAUUUGUUGAAAUGCUUUUGUCACAUUGUAUUUAUUUCUCUAGUUAUUUUAUUAUCUGGGGGUGUAUUUAGAUGUUUAGCCCUUGUGUGUCAUUGAUGACAGGCUUUUUGACAAACCUGUCAUCAACACUUCCUAAGUGAGAUGGGGAAAGAAAAAUCCAUCCCUAAAAAUGUACCCCUUUGCUUAACUGUGAAACAAAUUCUAAAAUGUAACCUAAGUAUUUAAGAGAGCGCAGUAUCAAAUUAUUAGAUAAACAUUAUUUUUUAUUCUAAUUAUUUUUUGUUUACUGUUCAUACAGUUUUGUGGAAACUGAGACUGUCUACUGAAAGAGUGUUUAUAAAGUUGUGUUAAGUAAAUCCAUGUAUGUUUCGGCAGGUUGAUGUGUGGGUUUCACUCCUUGAGACAGACUUACAAGCUACAUUUUUAGUCAUGGUUCUGGUCCAAUGUGAUCAUUGAUAAAAACACCAAAACAGUUACAUUAGCUCAGAUUAACACAAAAAAGAGAUGAAAAAUGGGCAAGUUUAUAUGUGUAGUACCUGGCAAAAAUGGCAAAAAGUUGUUUAAAAUCAAAGCUUUAGAUUUUUCUGAGAGUCAGAGUAGAUGUCAACUUUUAUUCAGAAUCAUAUUAUUGGUAUAGUAAAAUUGCGAUAAAAUAGUUCUGCUGGAAAGGUGGCAUAUAUCUUGAAACUGACAUUUUGCCCAAACGACCCUUACUGUCAAACUUCAGUUGUUCCCGACCUUUUCCUUAAAGGGCCCCCUUUCUAUCGUGAAGUAAACUGAUGACCCCUGACUAAGUGAGAUAUCUUAUGAACAUUACAUAUUAUGUUCAGUGCAUAACAAUAUCAGCACCGAACAACUGAUAAACUGUACAGUUAAUACAAAAAGUGGGUGAUUUUUAUGAGCUUUGAGCACAUUUCCUGUGACCACUGAACCAGAAAUGGUUUCUCUGAAAUUUUCAACAAUUAUGCAUACUUCAUUGGCUUCUUUUCAGACAAAUACAGUGUUAUCGUCUCCCUGAAGCUUGUCCAUUGUUGUGUAGCUCUUAGGUUGUUGUAACUGCGUACGUUUUGAAUGCCAGAGUUAAAGCUCUGUGAGCAUAACUUGUAUUCAGGUCUUCACUUUGCCCUUAUACU